UGUUCGCGGUAUUGGUUCAGUCUCUUCGCGGCCUCGUCUCACGUGGGAAGUCUUUUGCCACAAGCAUCGUCCACGGCGUGUUAUCUGGGUGUGAGAGUGAGAGAGAAGCGCCAAGUUUUGCAGAAGAGCCACACAUUUGCACAUCGCGGUUACUGUUGUAAAAUAUAUUUUUAGUGAUCUCUGGCCGGAGGUGAUUUCAUCCCUUGCAAUGUGAUUUAGCGGGGGGCGCGCUGACAAGAAAAACUCCCCACCGGAAAGUAGCUCAAUAGUGCGUGUGUGUGGGGCCCAUCCAAAAGUGCGGCAACUUUGCGUAACCAUAGCACUCUCCGUCAAGGACAUUUCCAUCAACUUCCUCUCUCCCAUCUAUAAAGCACAAAUUCCUGGUUAGCGUCUAUUAGUCACUCUGUGCCCAUAGAGUCUUUUUCACAAGUGAAGCAUCCACACAAAUCCAGAAGCGCGGAAUUCAUCCACUACGAUGCCUGAACCACAUACACCGGAGGUGAACUUUGUCCCAGACUGGCCACCUGGUCCACUGGACGCCUUCAGAGAGCAGAGUGCAUUUGAUUUUCGACAGCUAAAGACCGUCCUGGAGGACAUUAAUUCCCUCCGUCUCAAGUAUAAAAUAUGGAAAAUGCUAGAAUCUGAGCCGUUGUUUGCAAAGAUCAAACCAACACCGAGUGUUGAUGAGCAGAAGAAAAUUGCUGCUAAGCAGAUGAUGCGCGUUGCAAAGUUGGACAUUGUACCUCCGGAGGUGUACGCCAUGGGCUACCUGCCAAGAUAUCGCUUCCUGAUGAGCGUCAAUGAGGCUCUCCAUGCAAUCUGCCCUAGUUUAUCGAUAAAGAUUGCUCUGGGGGUUGGCCUCUUCCAGAAUACCCUCCGUGCCAUGGGCACAGAACAGCAUUCAUCGUUCUACAAUGCUGCAUGGUCACGUGAGAUUGUCACCUGCUUAGCCAUCACGGAGGUGGCUCAUGGAAGCAAUACAAAGCGCAUCCGGACAACAGCAACGUACGAUGCGCAAAAUCAGGAAUUCAUCAUCAACACACCCGAUUUCGAAGCAGCCAAGUGCUGGGUUGGGAAUCUCGGGAAAACCGCCACUACUGCCAUUGUUUUUGCUAAUCUCUUCACGCCUGACGGCCAGGCACACGGGCUCCAUGGGUUCCUCGUACCCAUACGCAAUCCACUGAAUCUCCAACUCUACCCGGGUGUCCUCGUGGGGGAUAUGGGGGAGAAAAUUGGACUCAAUGGCAUUGACAAUGGUUUCGCGAUGUUCACAAACUACCGCAUCCCCCGGGAGAAUCUUCUCAAUCGCACGGGCAGUGUUAACGAAGAUGGGGAAUACAUGAGCUUAUUUAGUGAACCCAGCAAGAUUCUCGGUGCUGCCCUUGAGGGUUUCUCUGCUGGUCGUCUGGGAAUUAUGCAGGAAGCCACCAAUACCCUCGCACACUCUGUCGUGAUUGCUGUACGCUACGCAGCCAUAAGGAAGCAAUUUGGACCCGAUAAGUUUGGACCUGAACAGCCGAUCCUCGAGUAUCAGCUGCAUCAAUGGCGAAUCUUCCCCUACCUAGCCGCCGCGUGCGUACUUAAGACCUCCGUGUACAGCCUUACGGAUCUCUAUUUGAAAACCAUUGAGAAAUCCCAGGCAAAUUCCAAUGGGAUUGAUUUGCUCUCGCAGAGUGUUGGGGAAAUCCAUGCUCUUGUGUCCGCGUCAAAGCCCAUGUACACGUGGACGGCACGUGAUGCAAUCCAGGAAGCUAGGGAGGCAUGUGGGGGUCAUGGCUACCUCAAGGCAUCAAACUUGGGAGAAUUGCGCAACAACCACGAUGCCUGCCUCACGUACGAAGGGGAUAACAACGUGCUAGGGCAGCAGGCAUCAAAUUGGUUGCUACGCCAAUGGGUGGAUGGUGUGGAGAGCCCCAUGGGGACGGUGAAUUUUAUUAAGCGUCGCAAAGAGAUCCUCGGAAAUACCUUUAGUAGCCUCAGCCAGCGUUUUGAAAUAACAUCCUGGCAAUUCAUCAAUCAUUGCUUGGAAUGGCUGAUGUGCUGGUUAAUGCAAACCAUCGUGAAUGACAUGAAGGUAGCCAAGGAGAAUGGAGCGUGCCCAUUUGAGGCAAAAAACAACACCCAAGUCUACAGGGCGAAGGAUCUCUCCAUUCUCUAUGCCGAAUUCUACGCUCUAAGCAGUUUCCGGCUGCGCUGCCUGAAAUCCGACGUAGCAACUUGCUUAGAACCCGUCCUUGGGCUAAUCUACCAAAUAUACGGCCUCUGGGUUAUAGAUCGGCACAUGGUGGCAUUCUAUCAGGGCAGCUUCGCCACAGGUGCCACCUUUGCCGAGUCAAUUCGCAGCAACUUGCUGAGCAGCUGUCGCGCCCUCAAGGCAGACGCAGUCACCGUGGCGGACUCCCUAGCGCCCCCUGACUACGUUCUCAACUCUGUCAUUGCUAAAUCCGAUGGACUACUCUAUCAGAAUCUCCAGAAUGAAUUUAUGACCAAUCCCGGUGCCUUGGAGCGUGCAAAUUGGUGGAGGGAUGUUUUACCUUUCCCCAAGUCCAAACUUUAGGACCUCUCCCCACCCCCCCCCCCCCAACCCCUCUAUCCCCCGGAAAGAACAUCCAUUUGAGGAAUAUUUUUUGUAUUCAAUAAAACCAUCGUAAUACAAGGGAUGCAGGAAAGAAA